AUGUCGUCCCUCAUGGAGCUCGGGACGUACGUCGCCCAGCAGACGGCGUUCCUUCCCGCUCUCACGGGCUUCUCGAUGGCCGCGCGCGGGUCCCUCAAGACCUACCUGGCUGCGCAGGCCCUCGGACCCGCUCCCAAGGUCGACGACAAGGAUCUCAAGAAGCUCAAGUGGGCGCGCCGCAUUAUGGUCCUCGUCUUCUGCGGCAGCAUCUUCGGUCUCGAGUUCUGGCUUAUCUCGCAGCAGGACAUGAAGAAGCUCGACAUCUUCUUCCGCUACCUGAUUGCGUUUGUCUACCAGUCUGCCCUUACCGGCACUCUCCUCGACAUGACCAAGUCGCUCAAGUGGGCGGCGUUCCGCUCCCCUGGCAACGUCCUCCAUUUCCGCCCGGCGCCCGGCACCGUGUCCUUCCCGCGCGUGCUCACUGCCGUUGCCCUCGCCACCGGUCUCAACGCCGCCACCUACUACGAACUCAACUGGGCGUUCGGCUCGUUCCUCACCGUCGCCCUUCUCUACCGCUCGCUCUCCUCGCCCUUCCGUCGCGUCUUCUCGCUCCGCGUGAUGAUGCUGUGCAUGAUCGCCUGGCUCGCCCUCACCUUCCUCCUGUCCGGCCUCGUCAUUCUCUACGUCGCCAACGCCUGGAUGGACGGAGCUGCCGGCGACGGCACUCUCGACCCGAGCAUCACCGGCGCCUCCGACAGCGCGAGCAUCACGUCGAGCGAUGUUACGCGUUACAUGAACCUGAUCUUGCCGUUCGCAUUCUCGGUCUUCCCCGGUGUCCUCGCCGUCGGCUGCUACCGCUUCGAUUACGCCAACCACGUCGAGGCCAACCCCCAACUCGCUGCCGCCGUCACGCUCGAGACCUGCGAGCCGCGCAAGCGCUUUGCCAAGAUCCUCUCGCAGGGCGUCGUCCUCCCCACGAAGGGCCCGUCGGGCUUCCUCACGCCGUAUUUCACCACGGCCCUCUGGUCGUGGAUCCUCGCUUACGUCGCCACGUUCGGCCUCUUUGCCGCCGCCAUCCCCCUCCCGAAGGACGCCCUUACCAGCGGCGCCUUCGACAUGACGGCUCUCACGCUCGCCAUCCCGUUCAUGAUCGUCGGACUCGUCAUCACCGCGUCGAUCCGCGGCGAGUUCCGCCGUCUCUGGAAGCACAAGGAGGUUUGGUCGCCCAAGGAGGACGAAGCUGAGGGUGCCAUUGCCCUUCCCGAUGACGAUGCCGAGGCUCCGCUCUACGCCGAGGUCGCCGACGAGAAGUACCCCGAGGUUCCGGACGUCGUCAUCGAGUACGCCGAGCCCGCUCCCGCCUACGACGCCCCGUCGAAGCAGUAG